ACAGAAGAACUUGGGGACCAUUCUGAGAAGCAGCCUUUUCUCACCACCCCGUUCCUCUUCUGUCUGUCUCGGCUUCUCUAGCUUUUUACAGGAAUUUCCGAUUGAGGCACUAACAGCUAAUUCCACAGGAGUUGUGAGGCAGCCUGUGACACAAACUGAGACAGAAGUUUCCCCUCAGAGGCUGUCUCUUUUUUAUUGGCAAAGACUUCUGGCUCUUCUCAGAGGAAUACCUUGUUGCUUAAGAUGAGUGGCUGUAGAAAACGGUGUAAACGUGAAAUAUUGAAAUUUGCCCAGUACCUUCUCAGACUAUUAACAGGUUCUCUUCAUACAGACAGCGUGGAGGAUGAGCUGGAGAUGGCCACCGUCAGGCAUCGGCCUGAGGCCCUUGAGCUGCUGGAAGCCCAGAGCAAGUUCACCAAGAAGGAGCUCCAGAUUCUUUACCGAGGAUUUAAGAAUGAAUGCCCCAGCGGUGUUGUUAACGAAGACACCUUCAAAGAGAUUUACUCACAGUUCUUUCCACAGGGAGACUCUACAACGUAUGCACAUUUUCUGUUCAAUGCGUUUGACACAGACCACAAUGGAGCUGUGAGUUUUGAGGAUUUCAUCAGGGGUCUUUCCAUUUUGCUCCGGGGGACAGUACAAGAAAAACUCAACUGGGCAUUUAAUUUGUAUGACAUAAACAAAGAUGGCUACAUCACUAAAGAAGAGAUGCUUGAUAUCAUGAAAGCAAUAUACGACAUGAUGGGUAAAUGCACAUAUCCGGUCCUCAAAGAAGACGCUCCCAGACAACACGUGGAGACAUUUUUCCAGAAAAUGGACAAAAAUAAAGAUGGAGUUGUUACUAUAGAUGAGUUCAUCGAAAGUUGCCAAAAAGAUGAAAACAUAAUGCGCUCCAUGCAGCUCUUUGAAAAUGUGAUUUAACUUGUCAAAUACAUCCUCAGACAAAUGUGAAUGAUCCUACCACACAAGUGGGAGCUGCCACUUUUAGCAUAGACUGCUCAGCUUGACACUGAGGCAUAUUAUGCAAACCAGCUUUGUUUUCAUAUGAAACAGUCCCCAAAAGAUUUGAGUUCUCCACUUUUAAAUUUGCAUCCUUUUCAUAAUGCAAAUUUCAUGGGAUGGUCUAAGUCAUUUCACACCCUGUGGAUAUUCAAAAGUAAUAGAAUCUGGCAUAUAGUUUUAUCGAUACUUUAGCCAUGGGAUUAUUGAGGCUUUCACAAUAUCAGUGACUUUAAACUGUUUUCUGCUACUCAUUUGUAUGUACUCAACCCCAGGAUUUUAAAUGGUUUUCUAAAAUGUUGGCAUCUGCAUUUAAUUUCCAGAAAUUAAUUUUCGUAUUUGUGUGCUAUAAUUCCA